AUGUUCGUGGAAGAGGUGUGCAUCGACGGGUUCAAGUCGUACGCGCAGCGGACUGUCGUCCCCGCGUUCGACCCUCUGUUCAACGCCAUCACCGGUCUGAACGGCUCGGGGAAGAGCAACAUCCUGGACUCGAUAUGCUUCGUGCUCGGCAUCACGAACCUGACGCAGAUCGUCGUCACGCGGCAGAUCGUCAUCGGCGGGCGGAACAAGUACCUCAUCAACGGGCACGUCGCGCAGCCGACGAGGGUUCAGAACUUGUUUCACUCCGUGCAGCUCAACGUGAACAACCCGCACUUUCUCAUCAUGCAAGGGCGGAUCACGAAGGUGUUGAACAUGAAGCCGCCGGAGAUUCUCGGCAUGCUCGAAGAAGCCGCGGGGACGCGCAUGUACGAGAGCAAGAAGGAGGCGGCGCUCAAGACGCUCGAUAAGAAGCAGACCAAGGUGGACGAGAUCGACAAGCUCCUGGAGGAAGAGAUCUUGCCGACGAUCGAGAAGCUUCGCAAAGAGCGCGGCGAUUACAUGAAAUGGGCGUCCGGGAACGACGCGCUGGAGCGCCUCCGCAGGUUUUGCGUCGCGUACGAGUACGCCAACGCGAGGGCGGCGCUCGAGGAGGACGCCGUCGGCGAGUUGAAGACGAAGAUCGACGACCUCGAUGCCAGGGCGAUCGACCGCGCGGAUCAGAGCGACGCGAUCGACGCGGAGAUGAAACGUCUGAGCGACGAGCGAAAGGCGCACGAGAGCGGCGACGCGAAGGCGUUAACGGACGUCGUCGAGGCGUUAUCGAAAACGCUCGUGAAGGACCAAGCCGCGGCGAGCCACAAGAAGGACGCGACGCAGCUCGGCGACGCGACUUCCGCGAUCGCUUCCGCGGACGCGGACGCCAAGGCGGCCGCGCUCAAGGCGAAGCACGCGGAGAAGGAGCUCAGCGCGAAGAAGAAGCAGCGCGCGGCGAAGGAGAAGGAGGGAGACAAGCUCUCGAAGGACCUGUCCGCGGCGACGGCGAAGCGCGACGCCGCGGUGGACGCGUAUGAGAACGCGAGCGGCGGGUGCACGCCCGAUCGACUCGCCGAGCUCGAGGCGUCCAGGGACUUCGCGGAGCGAAACGUGCGAGCCGCGCAGGAGAAGGUGGACGUCCUCUGCGGGCAGCUCGCGGGUCUGGACUUUAAGUUUAAAGACCCGGAGGCGAAGUUUGACCGAGGGCGGGUGAAAGGUGUGGUCGCCGCGCUCAUGAAGGUGAAGGAUCCCGCGAUGUCCACCGCGCUCGAGGUUGUCGCCGCCGGGAAGCUGUACCAGGUGGUCGUCGACACGGAAGUCACGGGCAAGGCGCUCCUGUCGAGAGGCCAGCUCCAGAAGCGCGUGACGAUCAUACCCCUGAAUAAGGGCGACCUGUUGAACCCGAGCGGGUUGCUCACCGGCGGGUCGAGGAACAACUCGCACAGCGUCCUCGCGAAGCUUCACGCGCUGCACGAGGCGGAGAAGGCUCUCGGCGAGCUGAAAAUCGUCGCGAGAGAAGCGUCCGACGCCGCGAAGACGGCGGCGAGAGAGGCGAAAGCGAGCGAAGGCUUGGAAGCCGCCGUCGACGCCGCCGAGCACGCGCUCGGGUUGGUCAAGGCGAAGAUCGAAGGGAGCGAAUCGCACGCGCUCGCCUCCGCGGUGGAAGCGCUCGAGAAGGACCUGAUGGACGCGAAAGCCGCGGGCGAAGCCGCGAAAGAUGCGAAAGCCGCCGCGACCGAUCGCGCGUCCGCGCUCGAGAAGGAGAUCGCGUCGUUCGCGAAGGAGCGCGACGCGCGGUUAAAGGAGGCGGAGAAGGCGCUGAAGCUGGCGCGCGCCGACGUCGCGGCCAAACGCGACGAGAUUAAAACCGUCGAAACCGUGAUGCGAGACGCCAAGGUUGAGCGCGAGUCCGCGGCGGCGGAGCGCGUCGCGAUCGCGGAGAACGUCGCCGCCGCGGAGACCGCGGUGGCGGAACUCGAGGGCGAGCUCGCGGCGCUCGAGGCGGUCGUCGCGUCGCGCGCGAAGGAGCACGACGACGCGACGAAGGAGCUCGCGAAGUGCCGCGCGAAGAUGGCCGCGUGCGAUGAAGAGGCGGCGGCGCUCCGAAAGAAGCAGACGCGCAUCGAGCGCGCGGCGGACGCCGACGCCGUGGAGCGCAAAAAGCUUGAACACAAAAUCGCGCGCGUCGAAAAAGAAGCCGCGGAGGGCAAGGCGCGCUGCGCGAAACUCGAGGAGGAGCACCCGUGGAUCGCCUCCGAAGCGUCGCGGUUCGGCGUGCGCGGCGGCGAGUACGACUGGGCGUCCCGCGACCCGGACGCCGCGGCUGCCGAGCUCGCGGACGCGGAGGCGGCGCAGGCGACCCUGGCCAAGCGCAUCAACAAAAAGGUGAUCGCGAUGUUCGACAAAGCAGAAGGCGAGUUUAAAGCGUUGCAAGAGAAGCGACGCAUCGUCCUCGACGACCGGAAGAAGAUCCAGGACGUCAUCGGCGAGCUGGACGAGAAGAAGAAGGAGGCGCUGUCCGUGACGUGGAACAAAGUCAACGCGGAUUUCGGCUCCAUCUUCUCCACGCUUCUCCCCGGCACGAGCGCCAAGCUGGAGCCUCCCGAGGCGCGUUCUAGUAUCACACUGGGUGAGUCGUUCCUCGCCGGGCUCGAGGUGCGAGUCGCGUUCGGGGGCGUGUGGAAAGAGUCGCUCACCGAGCUGAGCGGCGGGCAGCGGUCGCUGCUCGCGCUGUCGCUCAUCCUCGCGCUUCUGCUGUUCAAGCCCGCGCCGAUUUACAUUCUCGACGAGGUGGACGCCGCGUUGGACUUGUCGCACACGCAAAACAUCGGCCGCAUGAUCGCGCAGUACUUUCCGUACUCGCAGUUCAUCGUCGUGUCGUUGAAGGAGGGGAUGUUUAACAACGCCAACUGCAUCUUCAGGACGAAGUUCGUCGACGGCGUGUCCACGGUGACGAGGACGGUGCCGGCGCUGAAGGAUAAGGCGGCGCUGAACAAAGCCGCCGGGGAUGGCGGCGGGUUUGGCGUCAGCGACGCCGCGCAGAAGCGAAGAGCGGCGGGGGCGAAGGGGAAGGGGAAGGAAAACUAA